AUGAACAUUCUUGACACUCUCUUCGGUCGAAGUCUCACCCCAGCAGAAAGAUUACGACAACAUCAAAGAUCUCUACAGAAAGCACAGAGAGAGUUGGAAAGGGAGAAGGGGAAACUGGAAGCGCAGGAGAAGAGAACGAUGGGGGAUAUAAAGAGGAAUGCAAAGGCUGGUAAUAUGAACGCAUGUAAGAUCCUCGCCAAAGAUCUCGUCAGAACACGUCGAUAUAUACAAAAAUUUACUCAGAUGAGGGUUCAAUUACAAGCUGUCUCUCUGAGGAUGCAGACGUUGAGAAGUAAUGAGCAGAUGGCUCAGGCUAUGAAGGGGGCCACGAGGGCAAUGGGACAAAUGAACCGAUCUCUCAAUCUCCCCCAAAUCCAACGUAUCAUGAACGAAUUCGAGCGGGAAUCGUCCACAAUGGAUAUGAAAGAAGAGAUGAUGUCUGACGCGGUGGAUGACGCUAUGGAGGAUGAAGAUGAGGAAGGGGAAGAAGUGGAGAGUGAUAAGAUCUUGAAGGAGGUGUUGGAUGAGAUUGGGAUGAGUAUGAAUGAUGCGCUCGUGUCCGCUCCCACUGCCAACCCGACGAUGGGCGACCCCACUCCAGCCUCUCGAAUCGCGGUCGCCGAAGGUCUGACACCAUCACCUGCGGACGCUACCAGAUCUACCGGACCGCCGAUGAAUCCCGAAGAAGCCGAUUUACAAAGACGUUUAGAUGCGCUUCGACGGGAUUGA